AUGGCUGUUAAACGAGCUCAAGCUACAUUGGAGGAAGCUGAAAGACAGCGGAUGCUUGCAAGGGAAAGAAGCGCUACCAGAAGAGCUGUCUUUACACCCGAACAACCUGAACGAGAGCGUAAACUUGCACGAGAAAGAAGUGCAACUAGAAGAGCUGCUUUAACAUCAGAACAGAAAGUUUUCGAAGCACUUCAAUGGCUUAGACAGAAUAAUGCUCUAUAUCGUAAUGUUACAAUUAAUCAAUUAAUAAUCAUCAAAUUACCUGAAGAUGAUGUACCGGAGUGUUUAUGGGCAACCAUGGAAGUUUCUACUGAUGUAGAAGCAGCUGAAAAUGAAAGAGCAAGUUACCUUCCUGAUCCGUUGACCAAUGCAUCUGAAUUUAACAAUACAACAGCUAUACCUAUAAUCUCAAGUGCUGUGUUAGAUGUCAAUAGUACCAAAGUGUCGUCUGAUGAAGUUGCUGAACAUCUUUUAGAACGAAUCAAAGCACAAGUGCCAGAAAAAACACACGGAAAAGACACCGAGCAAAACUCUAAACAAGACACUGUAUACAUAAUUCCUCGUGGCAACAAACCGGCCAAUGAAUAUUCUAAUCCAAAUCUUUUAUUAGAAAUCUUUCCUACCCUAUUCCCAUAUGAAUGUGGUGGGCUUGAGGAUGGUUCUCGACCGAUUCAAAUCAAUUUUCGUGAGCAUCUCAGGUAUCUUCUUUCGUAUGCAGAUCGCCGCUUUGAAGAACACUAUUCAUUUAUAUUCGUUGUCUUCAAUAUUUUACAACGCCGAACAGCAUGUUUCCACGCCCAAUUAAUGACAACAAGAUCGUGGUUUCAACAAUCUGCACAAGUUCUUAACUCAUUGAGUUCUGAAGAUGUAGCAGCAGCCCUUAUUAAUAUCUCAAAAGCGCCUUAUUCAAAAGUUACUGACGAGAGAAUAAAUACGUUGAUGAAGCACAUCAAAAUUAUUGGUGGUCACGUCAUGGGUUCAGCUCAUUCCCGAUCAGCUCUUCGAGAAAUUGGAUCGACAGCAAGUGAAGUUAUACCACCAUGUCUCCCAACACCAAAUCCUGCAUCGGAAGACUUCGAUCAAACGUUUCGCAAAGAUGUAGUUCAAUUGGUCGAAACCUGCAAUAUUCACAAGCAUUCUGCAACUUGCUAUAAAUAUUCUAAAGGCAAAAAUGAUAGUUCAAAAAGGUGUCGAAUGGGCAUGCCACGCGCACUAGUGAAUGUUUCUAAUAUUGACCUUACAACAGGUCAGAUAACUAUGCGUCGAUCACAUCCGUGGAUCAAUAACUUUAAUGAAUGGUUUUUAAGUGCGUGCCGAUCGAAUAUGGGCAUUAAAUUCAUCUGGAGUGGCGACGAAAAUGCAGAAGAAGACGAUCCUGAACAACUUUUGCAAAUGCUCUCCAUCGUAAAUGAGAUCACGACAAACACUUACUCUGCAUUGGCAGCUACUCAAGAACAACGCUAUGUUCAUGAUGCAUUACAAGCAAUUGAUAAUACAGAUAGAUUUACAUUACUAAAUGGCCGUACACGUUGUCCGGGCGAAAAUAAAUAUGGUAUCAUACACGACGUCCACACAUUUGUCGUAGCUCGCAAGCAUCAUACGACCAUGAUUAAAGAGUGGAAACGUGAUAUUGAAGCCCGACGAGAUGAAACAAGGAACUAUUUAAUUUCAGGUGAAGAUACUCUGGAAGUACGAGAUGAUGAAACACAGAUUGAAGUCGUAGGUGCUGAAAUUCCAACAAGCCCAAUUAAAACGAAAGCUACGAGAGUCCUACCUGUAACUGCAACCAAUUUGGUUUUAUUUCCCACAAAACAGGAUAUCGUCAAAUAA